AACUGCCACUGAAAAACCGGGCUGUAGGGAAGAAGAGGAAAAAUACCCAAUAUAUCACUUAACAGCAAAACUGAGGUCUGAGGACCGAAAACAGAGAAACAAGUCACUGGUCAAAGGUACUGAAGAUAGCAGGAGUUGCCUGGAAAUGGAUGUCCGACGGCUCGAAAUUCCUGCUGAGCUUGCAGCUCUCCUCCACUUGGCUCAGGAUCACAAUCAUGCUCAGAGUAAUCAAGUCACUGAGGUGUCCCUUCCAGAAGUCAAAGCAAAGGCUACUUUCUCUCUCCCUCAUGAUAUUAACAACUUUCCCUUCUCUACAUUUAUCAACACUCACUUCCAGAUUGUGAGUUUUCCAGCCCUUGGACAGCCCUUGCAAGAGCCUUUGACCCAACUCCAGACUGAGCACAGACAAAAUGCUCUACAGCUCAACAAGCUGGUUUUGCGAUUCAUCAAUGACCAGGAUUUGCAGGGCAUCCACGAACAGCUUCUAGGCAACUACAUAGCAAGCCGGGGACUGGCCAGCCUCCCACUACGCAAUGAGCUGCUGAGCCAAGUGGCCACCCAGCUGUGGAAAAACCCAGAUCUGGAGCAAUGCCAACGAGGCUGGGUAUUGAUGGCUACCCUCCUGAGUGCCUUCGCGCCUUCACCAGCUCUGGAGAAGCCUCUGCUGAAGUUUGUGUCAGAUCAUGGUCUGGAGGGCUACAACGGAAUGUGCCAGCGCAAACUCUUAACCUCCAUGAAGCAGAUGGAGAGUUACUCGGAGCUGUCCCGCAGUUUCCCCCCCACCUGCCUGGAGUGGACUGCCAACCAAAGGAAAGGCAAGAUGGUGCUGGAAGUCUACACUUAUGAAGAGGAGAGGAUUUCAGCAGAAGUAGAAUCUUGGACCACAGGAGAGCUAUAUGCAGGCUGGAUCCUGAACUCAAGGGGUUUGGAUACAGUCCCUCGUGGAUGGUCCAUAUCAAUGUUCACCGGCAACAAAUGGCAGGAUUUAGCAGGCUGUGACUUUGUGUUGGAUCUCCUUGGUGAAAUGGAGGACGUAAAUUGCCCUUCUCAGCCCUCCUCUAAUUAUCCUAUUAUCCCUGAGAGGGAUGUGAGCUACUCUCAGAAGAACUCUCCAAAUAGGAUGUCCUUGGAUAUCCCUCCUGCACCAACCUUUAAGGCCCCUUCUUUCCCUCCACCUCCCCUGCCUCCCAUGCUUGACAAGGCAGUCCAUCCAGACAUCAUGGAUAGUCCAACUCCCCAUAGAGAAUUGGAUCACUAUGUGGAUGGCCUCUUUAAACCUCUGUUACAUGCUGGCUCCAGACCUCAUAUGUCAGCUAUGGAAAGUGAGGCAAACCUGACUGGUCGUAUGAAAGGAGGUGGGAAAAUUGGACCUAUGAAUCAAGGAGUCUAUUCAGGUUACCCUGGAAUGAUGACCAUGCCAACUUUUCCAUCUAUGCCAGUUAUGGGAGGAAUGAUGCCAGCCACCAUGCCGGGAAUGCCAGCUAUGAUGAUGACUCAGCCCAUGAUGCCAUCAUUGGAUCCUAACCAGGCAGCAGCACAGCAACAAUCUGCCAUCAACCAACAAGCCCUGUUUCUGGCUCAGCAGAUGACACUUCAAGCCAUGAAAAUUUCAGAACAGGAUCAGCAGUGGCAACAGAAGUAUAGAUCUCGUGAGCAUUCACACCCAAACCAAUUAUCUUCACAUAGAUCACAUGAAUAUUCAAGGCAAAGACAACCCUCACCAUCCAGUUCACCUACAUUGUCAAGGCCAAGACGAGCAUCACCAAAGAGGAGGACAUCUGAACAUUUAAGACGAAGGCCAUCAUCAUCAGAAAGCUCACCUGAAUCUUUAAGAUCAAGACGAGUAUCACCAAGGAAGCGAUCACCUGAAGCUUCGAGGCCAAGACGAGUAUCACCAAGGAAGCGAUCACCUGAACCUUCAAGCCCAAAGGAAACAUUACUCCUCAAGAGGCCUCCUGAACUUUCAAGAUCAAAGAAGAUGUCAGUAAAGGAAGAACCUUCUGAAUCUUCAAGACCAAUACAAGAUUCUUCUUCUCCUCCACCUCCACCACGAUCACCGAUCCACAUUUUGGAAGACGAGGUGCCUGUGGACAUCAGGGUAGAUUCCCUCUCUAGGGGGACUUUUCAAAAGAAAGUUGAGUUCUUCCAGAGAAUGGGACUUGAAACAAUUCCAUUGAAGAAAGUCAUUUCCUCUUCAAAAAGUCAUAGAAUAAAAGAAAAGUCAGAGGACCCAAGUGCCAACCAAGAAUCAAAUUCAGAUUUGCCACCUCCUACGCAACUGGGAAAUUAUCAGGAGAGGAAAUUCCAGAAUACGAAUCCUGAACAGCCUGAACCAAGCCAGGAGAUACGGAACAUUAUUAAAACCCAUAAGUCUCAUCCAGUCCCACCACCAAAACCCAUCAUGCCUGUUAGAGACAUCUCUAAACCUCUUACGAAAUGUGAGCCAAAGGAGGAAGCUCUAGCAAAACUGGAGGCUCUGGGGUUGGAUCAUUCAUCGGUCUCCUCUGAAAAACUUAAGUCAUCACCACCUUUACCACCCAUCAAACCCUCCAAUACCAUCAAAGAAAAACAACUGGCACUCAUAGGUGUUUUUGGUCCUGGCCGCUCGGUGCUUCCUCCUCCCCCUCCUGGCUCACCCCCUUCUUUUCCUCCAGAUUCUGUCACGGAUGAAACAACUGGCAUGAAAGAUUCGGCUAAGACACUGUUGGAAGACACUAAUAUCAAAACCCAGCUCUUCAAUCUUUCUGCUAGUGUCAGCUUCUCCUAUGCUAACCCUACCUGGAAAAUCUUCCUGCGGAAAGAGGUUUUUUAUCCCAGGGAAAAUUUCAGUCAACCUUACUGCCUGAAUCUGUUAUGUGACCAGAUCUUGAGAGAUACUUACUCCAAGUCAUGCAUUCGAAUUUCCAAAGAGGAGAGGCGCAAAAUGAAAGACCUGUUAACCGAAUUCCAUGUGGGCAUGGAUGUCAGCUCCAUCACAGAAGAAGGGAUCAAGAAAAGAAUUGUGGUGGCUGCUCGUGAUAACUGGGCCAGCUAUUUCUCUCGCCUUUUUUCAGUAAAAGGAGAAAAUGGAAGUGAUGUCCAGAUACUGGGUAUUUCUCACCGGGGUCUGCAGCUGUUGAAGAAAUCCAAAGAAGCCAGUUUCAGUUCUGAAUAUCUGAAAAUCCUUUGCAGCUUCAGUUAUGCAGAUGUCCUUUCUUUGGAGCUGAUCAAUCGGAAUAUCCUUCAGUUCUCUCUGAAGAAUGAGCAGCUCAUCCUUCAUUCUCAAAAAGCUCAGCAGAUCAAGGCUACAGUGGAAAUCUUCCUGAGAGAAUUGAAACAGGAUUCCAACUAUGUCAUUGCUAUGCGUACCUAUGUCACAGAUGACAAGAGCCUCUUAAAUUUCAAGAAAGGCGACUUCAUUCGACUACUUCCCAUGAAGGGACUGGAGCCAGGUUGGCAGUUUGGCUCUAUUGGUGGGCGCUCUGGCCUUUUCCCUGCUGGAAUGGUGCAGGUGGUGGCAGCUCCCGAUUACCUCAACCUCCAUAGGAAUCAACAGGAAGAAGUCCGAACAGGCUGGAAGAAAAACACAGAGGAGAAAAUAGUUAACAAGGAGAACUCUGCCCCCAGCACUCUGACAGAGUCAGAAGUUACCAGGCCUAGCACACCUAUAAACUCUCUUGAUAUUUGCCACUACCCUAUGACGGAGUUUGCGAUGGCACAUUUCCGAGAAGCCCAAUUCAUGCUAGGAUGGCAUGGCAUGGGAGAUGAACAGAUGGACCCUGCUCUCUUGGUUCAGCAUACAAAGGUAAACCAGGAGGACUCCUUGUGUCUGGGUGCCUCCUCCUCUUUGUCAUUUGGGAUAUGGAAAGAGGUCUUAUUUUUUUUAUACUUGUAUUAAAAGUUCUAAAAAAGGAGAUUAAAAACUAAUACAAAUUAAUAUAACAUAAAAAAGUAAAAAGAAAAUGAAAUCAAAGAGAAAGUUAAAAAUGCAAGAAAGGAAAAAUCAAACUAGAAGAGAAAGAAAACAGACACAAAGAAGUAACCACGAAUCUUCAUUACAGCUGUUACAAGUACAA